AAGGAAAGGAAGAUACCAAAACCUUCCCUACCAUUUAGAGAUAAUUCUAUACCUUACCCUAAACCAAAAGAGCAUCCCCUUCAAUCUCCAUCACACCUCCUUCCUUGAUAAAAAGUGUUCCAAAAACCAAAACCAAAAUCCUCCCAAUGUUGACAUCGAUAGGCCCGCCUCCGAUCCAAUGCUCUCAAAGUCAAAGUUCACAACCGGUCAGGAACGACGGACGCAUCCCUUGCUGUGGUGUGCUGCCAUCAUCUGCACCAUCCUCACCAUAGCAGUCAUCAUCGCCGGCAUUGUUACCUUCGUAGGAUACUUGGUUAUACACCCCAGGGUGCCUUAUGUCAGCGUCAUAGACGCUCACUUAGACCAGAUGCAGUUUGAUUAUGCGGGUAUUCUGGAAAUUCAGGUUACGAUAGUAAUUCGAGCUCAGAAUGGGAACGGAAAGGCGCAUGCCAGUUUCUCACGUUCUGGCUACACCCUUAGCUUCAAUGGGGAAGACGUAGCGCGGUUGGUUGCACCACCCUUUGAAGUAAGUAAGAACAGUUCGGUUAAUUUUAAUUAUGUAGUUCAAUCAUCACCCAUACCCUUAGAUCCAGAACAAUCAGAGGAUGUGGACAUGGCAUUGAAGAGGGAUUUGAUUACAUUCGAUUUGAAAGGAAGCGCCAGGGUGAGAUGGAGAGUAGGCCGUCUUGGGUCGACUAGCUUCUUGUGUCGUCUCGCUUGUCAGUUGCGUUUCCAUCCUUUGAAUGGAACCUACAUUCCUUCUCGCUGUACUUCCAAGGCCAAAUAAUUUCUCUUUUUUCUGUUUGUUUUGUAUGCAAUGCUCCUCCUUGUAUGCACUCAACAGCAACUCAAGCUCUCCACCCUGCCCAGUUGCCUUGCGUCUUUCAUCAUCAUAUGUUGAGGCUUCAUUUUCCUUAAAUCAAUUUCACACAAAGUAAUUUAGCGUAUUUAGUGAAAUUAUUAUUAUUAUUAUUUUUUCUUUUGUUUUGAGAUACAUUGAUUAUGAACUUAUAAUGCCAGUAAUAAUAUUCUUAGUUUAUUGGUAGGGAGACUUGUUCAAGUCAAUUUCUGUUAAAUAU